CCCGUGCUUCUCACAAGUACGCCCGGAGGGGUGUGUACACCAGAAUAAAGAGACCCCCACCGCUGCAACGACAGCUUUCAUUUUGCAUUUUGUAUUUGACUAAGGCGCGGUGUCCGCUACGCGCGGCACCUGGCAGGCUUGUCACGUGAAAGGCGCGCCCUCGCUGGAGCCGGGGCGUGCUGCCUGGCACCCUCGGUCACGUGAGCCCCCCCCCUCCUCCUCCCCUCGGGCCCCUGGUUACGGGGGAAAGCGUCGCCAAGGAAGUGGAACGUCCGGGCGCCGCGAGGGGAGCAGCAGCGGUCCCUGCGUGUCCAGCCCCACGCGUGUGCAGGACACUACGCGUGUAGGUCCGAACAAAGCUGGCACCGGCACUCUUCCAACCCAGAGUGUGGAGGUGCGCCCGGGUAGUACUAUCUGCCUUUUUAACGGACCCAGGGGACCUGGCCGGGCCUCUCACUGCUCUCCGCCAGGCCCUUCCGGCGGUGGUGGUGGUGGUGGUGGGGGGGGUGGCGAUGGCACCCGGAGGCAGGCCGUGACCCAGCGGACCGGCUGGGGUGGGGCGCCGGCGCAACCACGCAUCCCGACUCCUGACCGGGCGUCCGCGGACAUGGGGAAGCGGCAGAGCAAGGUCAGGCGACGGACAUCGGCCUACAGGGCCGUGACAGGGGCGGAAGACAGCUCUCCCGGUGAGCAGGAGGUGCAGUACAGCGCCGCGCACAGCGGCGCCGUCAACUCAGUGGCGGCUUUGACCUCCGACCUCUGCGUAUCUGGGGGAAGCGACAAGGCUGUCGUAGUGUACAACUGGAGGUCGGGCCGGCUGUACCAGAGGCUUCAGGGCCAUACGAGGGAGGUGACGAAGGUGGGGUGCGUCUACAGCUCCGGGAGGGUCUUCAGCUCUUCCAGGGACAAGACCGUCCUCAUGUGGGAUCUGGACAGAGGGGACCAGCCGGUGGGGAGGUUCUGCGGGCACGACCUGGUGGUCAGCGGCCUGGCGGUCAGUCCAGACGGCUCUCGGCUUUGCACGGGGUCCCGGGACAAUUCCCUGUGCCUGUGGGACAUCGAAUCCGGGGAGAUGCUGCUGAAAAACUCCAUUUCCAGAAACCUGGUGACGCACCUGUGCUGGGUUCCUGGCGGCUCCUGCAUCCUGCAGACGUCCGAGGACAAAACCAUCAGGCUGUGGGACAGCCGCUGCCUCGGGGUGGCCAGCGCCUUCCCCGCGAAGCAGCACAUCCAGACGCACUGCGACGUGAGCCCGGACGCGCGGUACUGCCUGAGCUGCAGCAACGGAUUCGGGGGACAGGGGUGCGAGGCCACGGUAAGGGGGCGAGGGGGCGCAGGGCGCCAGUCUCCGGCCAGGAGCUUCUCGCUUACGGCCCGAGUGUUGAUUCCCGGAUUCCCGGAUUCCCAUUCGGGAAGCGGAUCAGAGGGCGGCACAGCACUGGGGCCCCCGGGUUCGACUCCUGACCUGGGGUGCUGGCUGUGUGGAGUUUGCAUGGUCUCUCGCGGUUCGUGUGGGUUUCCCCCGUCCAAAGCCAUGUGGCAAGGUUAACUGGCUUCUGGGAAAACCGGCCCGGGCGCGAGCGGACCCGUGCUUGUGUCUGUCUGUGCCCUGGAAAAUGGGACAGUGGGAGAGUGGAUCAGAUAUGGGAUUGAAAACGGGCCGUGGGGGGAAACACUGGUUUGCAGAAUGUAGGCCUGGAGCCAAGAGGAAUAACCGGGUCCUUAGUACUGCUUGACGUGAGAAAGGCGUCAUCCUGUUACGCGACACCACAGUGCGAUUUCCCGUACUCUCACGGCAAGUUCCUGUCACUGCCAGGGACGCCUUGUUGCCUGGAACUGCAUUGUUUAGGCAACUGUUCUUUCCCCGUUCCUGCUGAGAAUUUGGUCAGCCUGUUAAUCAAUAAUUUGCAGUCAUUGGGCUCUCACCUUAAGGGCACAGUCCAUGGAUAAAGCCGUUAUGCGAAUACAGGUUUCAGCAGCAGAGAGAGAGAGCAGCUUUAACGCUGGAGUGCGCUCUCCCACAGCGAGGCUGAAACGGUUCAUUUGUUUCGAUGGGCUUUAGCACAGAUCUUCAAAGGAAUGGCGUGGCCGCCGUUUUCGUUGUGACCGAUGCCAGGGGUUAGGCUUUUGGGAGGGUAGGAGACUUGCAA